GCGGCGGCGCGGCGGCGGCGGCCGGGCGGCGCGAUGACCCUCAAGUCGGGCCGCAGCGACAGCGUCGGCAGCAUGCGGACGGCGCUCUCCGACCUCUACCUGGAGCACCUGCUGCAGAACCGGGCCAGGCCCGAGGCCGUCACUCCAUCCCUGAAUGCCAUGACUGAGGACAUUUAUACCAAUGGUUCAGCAACUCUGGGCAGUCCCUCCCAUGCAAAUGGCCGUGAGGUGCGGAAGAUACGCCUCAUCCAGUUUGAGAAGGUCACGGAGGAGCCCAUGGGAAUCACGCUGAAGCUGAAUGACAAGCAGAGCUGCAUGGUGGCCAGGAUCUUCCAUGGGGGCAUGAUUCACAGACAAGGCUCCCUUCACGUGGGCGACGAAAUCAUAGAAAUCAACGGGCAGAGUGUGAGCAACCACUCGGUUGACCAGCUGCAGAAGAUGCUGAAAGAAACCAAGGGGAUGGUCUCAAUAAAAGUCAUUCCUAACCAGCAGAGUCGCCUUCCUGCCCUCCAGAUGUUCAUGAGGGCCCAGUUUGACUACGACCCCAAAAAGGACAACCUGAUCCCCUGCAAGGAAGCGGGGCUGAAGUUCCAGACCGGCGACGUCAUUCAGAUCAUAAACAAGGACGACAGCAACUGGUGGCAGGGCCGCGUGGAGGGGUCCUGUGCCGAGGCGGCGGGGCUCAUCCCCUCUCCAGAGCUCCAGGAAUGGCGCGUGGCGAGCGUCACCCAGUCAAGUCAGAGCGAAGCCCAGAGCUGCAGCCCCUUUGGGAAGAAAAAGAAGUGCAAGGAUAAAUACCUGGCCAAGCACAGCUCAAUUUUUGACCAGCUGGACGUGGUGUCCUACGAGGAGGUGGUAAGGCUGCCCGCCUUCAAGAGGAAGACGCUGGUGCUCAUCGGGGCCAGUGGCGUGGGUCGCAGCCACAUCAAGAACGCUCUGCUCAGCAGCAACCCGGAGAAGUUCAUGUACCCAGCCCCAUACACCACACGUCCCCAGAAGAAGAAUGAGGUGGACGGGAAGGACUACUACUUUGUCUCCACUGAAGAGAUGACCCGGGACAUCUCAGCCAACGAGUUCUUGGAGUUUGGAAGCUACCAGGGAAACAUGUUUGGCACCAAGUUUGAGACAGUGCACAAGAUCCACCAGCAGGACAAAGUUGCCAUUUUGGACAUCGAGCCCCAGACUCUGAAGAUCGUCCGCACGGCCGAGCUUUCCCCGUUCAUAGUCUUCAUCGCCCCGACGGACAAGGCGGAGCAGUCAGAGGCUUUGCAGCAGCUCCGGAAGGAUUCAGAGAGCAUCCGGAGCCGAUACGCACACUACUUUGACCUGUCACUAGUCAACAACGGGGUGGAUGAAAGCCUCAAGCUGCUGCAGGAAGCCUUUGAGCAGGCCUGCAGCUCCCCGCAGUGGGUUCCUGUCUCCUGGGUGUACUGAGAGCGCGUCCAACCCCAGCCGCUCCCCAUCUACCCACCCUGCAGAAACAGGGAGAAACUUCCUCAGCUUCCGCGGUCGACACACAGCCCAGUACAACUCCCUGCCUCUGCCAUUUCAUGGACUCAGUCUCAAUCGAUCCAUCGCGCACAGGGUCUCCAGACCUCCUCUCCUGGGGGAACACAGGACGGAGCCUGCCCAAGGGAUGAAGUGCCAGUGCUAAAUUACAAGCUACAGCAGGGCCCAGGGCAUCCCUUAGCUCAGAGCACAGCUCCCCGCCUCGCCAGGCAGGGGAAAAAAAGCACAAUUCUGCUGUCGCACCUGACUGAUCUUGGUCUCUCCAUCAGUCCUAAGGGAAGCUGUAGCACAAGCGCCUUCCAGGAGGACAUCCUCUGCCAUUGCAGGUGCACGCACUGCGCACCACAAACGCUCUGGAAGCCUGGCUCACAUCUGUGAGGCUUCAGGGAAGCUCACAACUUGGGAGGCUUCUCACAGACUGCAGGAGAGCUCCUAAGUACGAGGGUUUCCCCUCACAAACAGAAGAGCAGAGAAGGGGUGAAUGCAGAUUUGACAAGGGAGGCUUGGAGCAUGUUUUCACCAGGCAGGGCUCACCCCUGCGUUCAGAGGUUUGGGGUUUCUGACUCACCCUGUGCAACUUGUAAAAACUCCCUGUAUUUAAAUUCUCACUGUGCAACAACUCCAAUUGUUACAGGCUGAACAGAGAAAUUCAGCAGUAGCUGAGUAAGUCCCACAGACCAAACCCCAAAGGGACAGUUCAUUAAGUAAAUUAGAGCCAGUAAAUUAUCCAUUGCAUGCAGUAGAAACAGUGUCUCUACAAAGAUCAUCCAGGCAUGUUUUCCAGAGUCUAGGGUGUCUCACACACUGUAUGCAAACAUAAAAGCCACCCACACGAGGAUUCCUGCUUAUGCAGGUGUACCAACGCACAAGUCCCAGCCUGACCAUGUCCUGGAAGCUUCACCAUGGUUCCUGGGCAAACCAUAGCCAUCGUUUUGGAAAAAGGAUCUCAUUUGCUUGUUCAGCAGUUAGCAGUGGGAGAGGGGAAGGGAGUUAAGAAGUCUUGUGCAAUUUUUUUAAGGAUGCCAAAAAUAAAAUCUGUUAAUGUGCAAUAGGGACCUUUGUUCUGAUCCACUGCAGGGAAACAAUGAGCAGCAAUAAACGUGUGCUGAAACAUU